AUGGAAGCGAUUUCGCUGGCCAACCUGGAUACUAACAAGUUAGAGGCCAUCGCGGAGGAGAUUUACGUAGACCUGAUAGAGGAUUCUUGUUUGGGAUUCUGCUUUGAGGUGCCCCGGGCAGUCAAGUGCGGCUACUUCUACCUGGAGUUCGCAGAGACUGGAAGCGGAAAGGAUUUUGGCAUUCAACCCGUGGAAGACAAAGGCACGUGCCCCCUCCCGCUCUGCUCCCUUCCCGGAGAGCCUGAGAAUGGGCCCGAUCUGCAGCUGCAGCGCUCACCUCCGGAAUUCCAGUAG